AUGACGACAGUCGAAGGAUGUCUGCUGACUGCAUCCCGCAGAGUGGUUCCAAAAUCACUUCGAUAUCUUGUUCUUUCAACACUACACAAAGCUCAUCCAGGCAAAACAAGGGUGAAAAUGCUUGCAAGAAGCUUUGUCUACUGGCCUACGAUGGAUUCGGACAUCGAAAAGCUCGUCAAGACCUACCCAAGAUGUGAUCCGUGGCAAAGGAUCCGACCAAAGCUGAACUACAUGCAUGGCCAAAACCGCACUCGCGUGGACUCGAGUUCAUGCUGA